AAGGCUCACACCUAUUGGUUCAAUCUGAAAGAAGGCUUCUGAUUGGUUCAUUCUCAUCUCCAUGACCUUUCAUCCCCGUCAACCUCAGCAGCUAGUUGUAAACACUGAAUGCGUGACAUGUUUAGGUAGCUUAACUGCCCUUGUACUUUACUGACAUAUCUCGCACUGACACAUGAUACGAAGAAAGACACACGGACCGAAAGAUGCGUGUUGUUAAGUGAGCGUAUGCAUGUCUUGCCGCCUCUUAAUCUCCAGUCAUGGCGAGGAUUUUCUACACACAAAGGCUGUGGACAGCUCUCAGACAUCUGAGCCCACAUAUCACCUUCUCAUCUACAGCCACAGCCAGACUUUCACCUGUGAACCUCUGCAGUCCAUUUCUUCCCACCACCUCAUGGCAGUUAGAAGUUUGCUGUCGAAAGCUGCACACUGGGGCGGACAGGCCCGAGCCAUGCCCUGCUGCAGCCCCAGACAGGCUGCCUUUCUCUAGAAUAACUCCGGAAGAUUUGGCCACCUUCAGGAAGAUCCUGCCAGGCAGAACCAUCACUGACCCAGACCUGCUGGAGUCAAGUAAUGUGGAUUGGCUCAAGUCAGUGAGAGGUUCCAGUGAAGUGUUGCUGAGACCUCAGACAACAGAGGAGGUUUCUCAAAUUCUCAAGUAUUGUAACAAUCGUAAUCUGGCGGUGAACCCUCAAGGAGGUAACACUGGGCUGGUUGGGGGCAGCGUCCCAGUUUAUGAUGAAAUCAUCCUCUCCACUGCCCUCAUGAACAACAUCCUUACCUUUGAUGGUAUCGCCGGCAUUCUGACCUGUCAGGCAGGUUGUGUCUUGGAGAACUUGUCCCUUUACCUGGAGGAGAGAGACUACAUCAUGCCACUCGAUCUCGGGGCAAAAGGCAGUUGCCAAAUUGGGGGAAACGUGGCAACUAAUGCAGGUGGACUCCGGCUGCUGAGAUACGGCUCCCUACACGGGACUGUGCUGGGGCUGGAAGUGGUGUUGGCAGAUGGGCAGGUCCUGGACUGCUUGGCCACACUGAGGAAAGAUAACACAGGAUAUGACCUCAAACAGCUCUUCAUAGGGUCAGAGGGCACACUGGGCGUUAUCACCGCAGUGUCUAUCCUUUGUCCACGCAAACCCAAAUCUGUUAAUGUGGUUUUUCUGGGCUGUGAGACCUUUGAGAAGCUGCUGAAGACGUUUCAGCUUUGCAGAGGCAUGCUAGGAGAAAUUCUGUCAGCCUAUGAAUUUCUGGAUAGUGAAUGUAUGCGGCUGCUGAAUACACACCUCAAACUACCCAAUCCCAUCUCUGAUUGUCCUUUUUACGUCGUCAUAGAAACAUCUGGAUCUGACCCAACACAUGAUGGGGAGAAACUCAACAAUUUCUUUGAGGAGGCAAUGACAUCGUCAUUGGUUACUGACGGGACUGUUGCAACUGAAGAAUCAAAAAUCAAGGCUCUUUGGUCAAUGCGUGAACGCGUCACAGAGGCGCUGACUCACGAUGGCUUCACUUAUAAGUAUGACAUCUCGCUUCCGGUGGAGCGGAUCUACCAGCUGGUGACUGACAUAAGAGAGCACCUGGGGGACCGGGCCAAGAGCGUGGUGGGAUACGGACACGUAGGAGAUGGAAACCUCCACUUGAACAUCACUUCUCCUGCCAAAGACCCCUCUCUCCUCGCCGCUAUUGAGCCCUUUGUCUACGAGUGGACGGCCAGCUGCCACGGCAGCAUCAGCGCUGAGCACGGACUGGGCCUGAAGAAGAGGAACUACAUCUACUACAGUAAACCAGUCCAGGCUGUGGCUCUGAUGGGUACUAUCAAGGCCAUGCUGGACCCCAAGGGCAUUCUCAAUCCAUACAAGACUUUACCAGAUAACCUGAAAUGACACGCUGUGGGCACCAGCCCAAAGGCCCAGAUGUCCACUCUCUUGUAGGCAUCAAAGCAGUCUGUCUGAAUGGUCUCGUCCAGCACUUCAGGUGCCAUGUACCGCUUGGUGCCAACCUUCGGAUUGUUGCCCACAUCCAGCUGAUUGUCUGCCUGGGAGUGGGUCACCGCCAGCCCUGUAGCAUGCAGAAAUAUACAGUGUUAUAGUGGGAAAGGCGGCCAAUAAAAGAAGAGACGACUGCAACUCAAUGUAGAAAAUGCUGGUUUCCAAACAAAAUGCUCAGAAGAAAGAUGCCGUCAAUGUAGGGCUGAUAAUUAUUCCAAUAUAAUUUUCCUCAGUAACAAUAUUACAAAUGUUCAAUAAAUUUUUGAUUUAAUUUAUUUGAAUCACGAUUGAAUUAGCACUUAAUUAUUCUAUUAAGAUAUUUAUUGUUUUGAGGAAAUCGGGACUGAAAAAAGAAUUGUUUUGACCGUUCUAUCUCAGAUUUGUUAAGUGAUCCGCUGUUUGGCAUGAAGUGUUUGUCAUGUUUUCACCUUAAAGAAUUGUUUAAAACCACAAUUAACCAUCUGGUUUCUUCAACUUUUCACUCCGGAGUAAAAAUAAUUUGUUACAUAAUCAUAAUGUAUUUUGAUGAGAAGAAUGUUUUCUUACAAUUAAGACUCCACAAAAUAUCUGACAAAUUCUACAAAUUCUGAAAAAUGCUUAUGUGAUUUUAUUUUGAUGUUUGAUUUACUACUGAUUGGUAAUGCUGUUACCAAUAGUUUAAUAAUAGUAUAAGAUGAAAUUAAAAUAAUGGAUAACUGACUGACCCAGGUCUGCAAUGCAGCAGGACAGCUCCUUUGUGACAAGGAUGUUUUUGCUCUUCAAGUCCCGGUGUGCGAUGGCCGGUUUCCCCUCUGUGCCAAAUAUCUCUGUGUGCAGGUGCACCAGGCCACAAGCUAUUGACGCUGCCAUUGCCAAGCCCUCUGACGUCUCCACGGCAACUCUCUGCAAAUAGUCAUAAAGCGAACCAUUCUCAUGGUAAUGGGUGAUGAGCCACAGCUGGGUGCUGGAGUUGCGAGAGGUCAUGUCAGACGCCAUGAAGCCUGGGAGGAGAGACAGGGGAGGCGGCAGACAGAAGAACAACACAUAUGAGAAUAAAACGUAAAGGUUUA